AGCGGGCGGGCUUUGCUCUCGCACGCACCCCGCUGCUGCCGUCGCCGCCGCUGCUUCCUCCCGCCGCGCUGACCCAGGGAACCGGGUAGCAGCCGCCUGCCUGCCCGCCCGCCCGCGUGCCGGGGCUGCGGUGGGCCAGGAUGUCGGGCUUCCUGGAGGAGCUGCUGGGAGAGAAGCUAGUGACGGGCAGCGGUGAAGAAGUGGACGUGCACUCGCUGGGCGCCCGCGGCAUCUCGCUGCUCGGGCUCUACUUCGGCUGCAGCCUGAGCGCCCCCUGCGCGCAGCUCAGCGCCAGCCUGGCCGCCUUUUACAGCCGCCUGCGGGGGGACACGGCGGCCGGGCCCGGGGCCGGGGCUGGGCCGGGGCCGGGGGCCGGGGCUGCCGCGGAGCCUGACCCACGGCGUCGCCUGGAGAUCGUCUUCGUGUCCUCGGACCAGGACCAGCGGCAGUGGCAGGACUUCGUGCGGGACAUGCCGUGGUUGGCGCUUCCCUACAAGGAGAAGCACAGGAAGCCCAGCUUCUCAGAGAAGUUGACAUUGUUAACACAAGCGGAUGUGGUUGGUGAGAUUCUAGGUAGCAGAAGGAACAUCACAUGCAAGCUUAAACUUUGGAACAAAUACCGAAUUUCCAACAUUCCAUCGCUAAUAUUCCUAGAUGCUACCACUGGCAAGGUUGUGUGCAGGAAUGGGCUCCUAGUGAUCCGUGAUGACCCAGAAGGUCUGGAAUUCCCCUGGGGACCUAAGCCCUUCAGGGAAGUCAUCGCAGGGCCCUUGCUUAGAAAUAAUGGGCAGUCGCUGGACAGCAGCAGCCUGGAGGGGUCUCACGUGGGAGUCUAUUUCUCCGCACACUGGUGUCCGCCCUGCCGAAGCCUCACUCGGGUGCUGGUUGAAUCCUACCGGAAGAUCAAGGAGGCAGGCCAGAAAUUUGAGAUCGUCUUUGUUAGUGCAGACAGGUCAGAGGAGUCCUUCAAACAGUACUUUAGUGAGAUGCCCUGGCUUGCUGUCCCCUACACUGAUGAGGCCCGACGGUCACGCCUCAACCGUCUGUAUGGAAUCCAAGGCAUCCCCACGCUCAUCGUGCUGGACCCGCAGGGGGAGGUGAUCACGCGGCAGGGGCGGGUGGAGGUGCUCAACGACGAGGACUGCAGGGAGUUCCCGUGGCACCCCAAGCCCGUGCUGGAGCUCUCUGACUCCAAUGCUGUGCAGCUCAACGAGGGCCCCUGCCUCGUCCUUUUUGUAGAUUCUGAGGAUGAUGGAGAGUCUGAGGCAGCCAAACAACUGAUUCAGCCAAUAGCAGAGAAAAUCAUUGCCAAGUACAAAGCCAAAGAGGAAGAGGCACCACUUCUGUUCUUUGUGGCUGGGGAGGACGAUAUGACUGACUCCCUGCGAGAUUACACCAACCUGCCUGAGGCUGCCCCUCUGCUCACCAUUCUGGAUAUGUCUGCCCGGGCCAAGUACGUGAUGGACGUGGAGGAGAUCACCCCUGCCAUUGUGGAGGCCUUUGUGAAUGACUUCCUAGCAGAAAAGCUCAAACCAGAACCCAUCUAGUGGAGCUCCAGCCUCCUGAGCCAUUAUUUAAGACUCAGUCUCCUCAUCCUUCUCCUCCUCUCCAUCUUCCCCUCUGCCCUUGGACUUUACCACCGUGUACUGAAUCAUACAACCCAAGAGUCCAACCUCUCUGUGGUGCCUUGUUUCUGCAUUAAUUUCUCAGCCAGCACCCAAGGGUGCACAUCCUCACAGCAGCAGAACCCACUGUGUUGGGAGACUGCUUGGGGUGUGUGGGGAUGACAUAACCUGGACAAAACUGAGACUGCAGCACUCUCUCUAGGUCACUAGCUCUUGUGAAGGCCCUGUUGUGGUGAGGGAUAGCAGAUUGGGGCUCUGACUCUGGGGUCAGCUCACAUACACAGCACCUAAGACAGCUGGAAGGGAACUGCUUGGUGACACGCGUGCAUGCAGGUGGAGCAGACAAAGAGCAAUUGACUGUGCAGGCACCAGCUAAGAGCUGUUGGUGAGAGCAUCUUUUUCUAGGGGACCUCAUCUUUUUUGGUCCUAAGUAAAAACAGCAGUUUGUCAGUGGGUUCUUGGGCAGCAGACCUCCAAAUCUAAAAGGAAGCUUUUGGGGUUUGGGGGGUGAGAAAAAUGAGUAGCUAUGGUAAUGAUUCAUAUAGUAAUUGCUUUUAUUGCGCUCCUACCAUGUGACUAGAGUUUGUAAUUCCUUCCUUACCUCUUUCUUCUUUGCUCUUAUCUUUCCCCUAAUUUCUGCCUGCUGCUGCAAAUAGCUCCAGCUGUCUUGGAAUUUUAUUAAUGAAUUCUUUUCCUUGGGCAUCUUCUCAAGACACCAGGCUCUGAGUUCUUAGAGGAGCUCUGCCAAGCUGGCACAGACCUGCCUCUGCCCAGCUCUGUGCCUGAGGCUGCGGGACCUCUGCCAAGGCACCUGCACCCCCCUGCCAUUACCCUUGUUUGUCCCCUUUUCUUCUCAAAGCAACAGUAAGAAGCAACAAGAAUUUACCAGAAGCCAAGCUUUUUCCUAAAAAGAAGCUGCAGAGGGAGCUGUGCCCUAGAGCAGGAGUGGGGCAAGACGGCAGGGCAACUACAAGUUGGUCUUGGGCCCCUUUUCUGAGCUCAGGUAGGUUGUCCUCUUACUUGAGCAGAACUUACCACAAAAGGGGAAACAACUACGUUCUUAGGCUUGGGGGUGGAGGGCUUAGGCCUAGGGACUCACAGGGGCUUUUGCCUGUCUCAGUCAGGUAUCAGGGUCUUCAAACAAUCCUGGGCCUUACCCUAAGCUUCACUCAGCAUUCUGCCAACCAAAACCAUUUAUUUGGAAAACUCAGUUUCCCCCAUGAGCUACUGACACUGUUGUUCCUUUCUGAAAUGGAUUGUUGGUUUGUAGUUUGGAGGUACAAAAGUAGUUGGUAAUUAGACUAUUUGAUGUUGCCAGCCUGAAAUGCAAUCACCUGGUAAGAAAUAAAACAGGCAUCUCUGGACAUUAUCA